CCCCGAGGGCCAGGCCGGACAUUUCGACUCCCCCAUUCUCCUGCCAGCCACCUCCCGCUAGCAACAGGGCCGAGGAGUCUCUCAAAUGUUGUCUUCUAGAGUGGCGUCAGGAGGCCCCGGCCCGCCGUGCAGUGAGUCCCGGAAGUGACGUCUCCCAGAGGGGCCGGAAGUGGCAGUGGAGGGAGGGAAGAUGGCGGAGGUGGUGAGUCCGGUGCCUGGGGCGGGGCGGAGGGAGCCAGGGGAGGUGGGUAGAGCCCGAGGCCCCCCAGUAGCCGACCCUGGCGCCCCGCUGUCUCCCCAGGGGGAGAUAAUCGAGGGUUGCCGCCUACCCGUGCUGCGGCGGAACCAGGACAACGAAGAUGAGUGGCCCCUGGCUGAGAUCCUAAGCGUGAAGGACAUCAGUGGCCGGAAGCUUUUCUACGUCCAUUAUAUUGACUUCAACAAACGUCUGGAUGAAUGGGUGACCCAUGAGCGGCUGGACCUAAAGAAGAUCCAGUUCCCCAAGAAAGAGGCCAAGACCCCAACCAAGAACGGACUUCCUGGGUCCCGCCCCGGCUCUCCAGAGAGAGAGGUGCCGGCCUCCGCCCAGGCCAGCGGGAAGACCUUGCCAAUCCCGGUCCAGAUCACACUCCGCUUCAACCUGCCUAAGGAGCGGGAGGCCAUUCCCGGUGGUGAGCCCGACCAGCCGCUCUCCUCCAGCUCCUGCCUGCAACCCAACCACCGCUCAACGAAACGGAAGGUGGAGGUGGUUUCACCAGCAACGCCAGUGCCUAACGAGACAGCCCCUGCUUCAGUGUUUCCUCAGAAUGGAUCAGCCCGCAGGGCAGUGGCAGCUCAGCCCGGACGGAAGCGGAAGUCAAAUUGCUUGGGCACUGAUGAGGACUCUCAGGACAGCUCAGAUGGAAUACCAUCAGCACCACGCAUGACUGGUAGUUUGGUGUCAGACCGGAGUCACGACGACAUUGUCACCCGGAUGAAGAACAUAGAGUGUAUCGAGCUGGGCCGACACCGCCUCAAGCCGUGGUACUUCUCCCCGUACCCACAGGAGCUUACCACAUUGCCUGUUCUGUACCUGUGCGAAUUCUGCCUCAAAUACGGCCGUAGCCUCAAGUGUCUGCAGCGCCACUUGACCAAGUGUGACCUGCGGCACCCUCCAGGCAAUGAGAUUUACCGCAAAGGCACCAUCUCCUUCUUUGAGAUUGAUGGACGGAAAAACAAGAGUUACUCCCAGAACCUGUGUCUUUUAGCCAAGUGUUUCCUUGACCACAAGACGCUGUACUAUGACACAGACCCCUUCCUCUUCUACGUGAUGACAGAGUAUGAUUGCAAGGGCUUUCACAUCGUGGGCUACUUCUCCAAGGAGAAGGAGUCCACAGAAGACUAUAAUGUGGCCUGCAUCUUGACCCUGCCUCCUUACCAGCGCCGGGGCUAUGGCAAAUUGCUGAUUGAGUUCAGCUAUGAACUCUCCAAAGUGGAAGGGAAGACAGGGACCCCUGAGAAGCCCCUUUCGGAUCUUGGCCUCCUAUCCUACCGAAGUUACUGGUCCCAGACCAUUUUGGAGAUCUUGAUGGGGCUGAAGUCAGAGAGUGGGGAGAGGCCACAGAUCACCAUCAAUGAGAUCAGUGAAAUCACAAGCAUCAAGAAAGAGGAUGUCAUAUCCACCCUGCAGUACCUCAACCUCAUCAAUUACUACAAGGGACAGUACAUCCUGACUUUGUCAGAAGACAUCGUGGAUGGGCAUGAGCGAGCUAUGCUCAAGAGGCUCCUUCGAAUUGACUCCAAGUGUCUGCAUUUCACUCCCAAGGACUGGAGCAAGAGAGGAAAGUGGUGAUCAGGCAUUGCCCAUCACAGCACCACGACAGCUGUCAGAAACAGGACUGGCAGCCUAUUCUGCCCCUAGCAGGGCUCCCAAGAGGCACACCGAGGAAGAGAAGGCAGCCAAGGGAGACAGGGCUGAGGACAGUUCCAGAAGACAGGCCUGGGAGGGGCUGGGAUCACAGCGAGCUCAGGGCUAAGCUAGGUCCAAGGACAACUGGUCACAUGCCCAGGCCUGCUCUGAACCAGAGACCAGAGGAAGCUAAGCAGCUGUGUACAGUAAUAUGGGACAGGGGACACUGUACAGAGGGUUGGUGAUUGUAAAAAUUUCUUUUGUAAAGUAGGAGCUGGGGGUGGGAUGGAUGCUGGCUGCAAAAUCUGGCCUCCUUUGCUCUAAUUGCCCCCAGCAAUAAAUUGUCUCUAUAGGCCAGA